GGCAGCUCACAGCUAUUGUGGUGGGAAAGGAGGGGGGGCUGGUGGACGUCACAACUCGGCCUUUAUCUCCCCCUGGCCACGGGGAGUGCGCAGCCCCUGGGUCACUUAGCCAGACAGUCCAGAGCUGCGAGCGGUCCCAGUGGCCUUAGCUGCUGGGGAGCAUGACCUAGGCUGGCGGCACGUCGUGUGGCACUGAGCUUCCCAAGGGAUCUUGGAGAUACCUGCAGCCCCCGCUUGCAGGGAAAGAUGAUUCCUGCCAGGCCUGCGAGGGUGCUGCUUGCUCUGGCCUUCACCUUGCCAGGGAUCCUUUGUGCAAAAGAGAUGGUUGGCAGGUCGUCGAUGGCCCGGUGCAGCCUCUUUGGAGAUGACUUCAUCAACACCUUUGAUGAAAGCAUGUACAGCUUUAUGGGAGACUGUAGUUACCUCCUGGCUGGGGACUGCCAGAAACGCUCCUUCUCCCUUAUCGGGGACUUCCAAAAUGGCAAGAGAGUAAGCCUCUCCGUGUAUCUCGGGGAAUUUUUCGACAUCCAUUUGUUUGUCAACGGUACUGUGCUGCAGGGGGACCAAAGCAUCUCCAUGCCCUAUGCCUCCAACGGGCUGUAUCUAGAGACCGAGGCUGGGUACUACAAGCUGUCCAGUGAGGCCCAUGGCUUUGUGGCCAGAAUUGAUGGCAGUGGCAAUUUUCAAAUCCUGCUGUCAGAUAGAUACUUCAACAAGACCUGUGGGUUGUGUGGCAACUUUAACAUCUUUGCUGAGGAUGACUUCAGGACUCAAGAAGGGACCUUGACCUCGGACCCCUACGACUUUGCCAACUCCUGGGCCCUGAGCAGUGGGGAACAACAGUGCAAACGGGUAUCCCCUCCCAGCAGCCCAUGCAACGUCUCAUCUGAGGAAACACAGAAGGGCCAGUGGGAGCAGUGCCAGCUUCUGAAGACUGCCUCGGUGUUUGCCCGCUGCCACCCCCUGGUGCCCCCCGAGCCUUUUGUGGUCCUGUGUGAGAAGACUCUGUGCACAUGUGCAGAGGGGCUGCGGUGCCCUUGCACGGCACUCCUGGAGUACGCCCGGGCCUGUGCCCAGCAGGGAAUGGUCUUGUACGGCUGGGCUGACCACACCACAUGCCGACCGGCAUGUCCUGCUGGCAUGGAGUAUAAGGAGUGCGUGUCCCCUUGCACCAGAACUUGCCAGAGCCUGCACGUCAAAGAAGUGUGUCAGGAGCAAUGUGUGGAUGGCUGCAGCUGCCCUGAGGGACAGCUCCUGGAUGAAGGCCGCUGCGUGGAAAGUGCUGAGUGUUCGUGUGUGCAUGCUGGGAAGCGGUACCCCCCAGGAGCCUCGCUCUCGCAGGACUGCAACACCUGCAUUUGCCGAAAUAGCCUGUGGAUCUGCAGCAAUGAAGAAUGCCCAGGGGAGUGUCUCGUCACAGGACAAUCCCACUUCAAGAGCUUUGACAACAGGUACUUCACCUUCAGUGGAGUCUGCCAGUAUCUGCUGACUCAGGACUGCCAGGACCACACCUUCUCUGUUGUCAUAGAGACUGUCCAGUGCGCUGAUGACCCUGAUGCUGUCUGCACCCGCUCCGCCACUGUCCGCCUGCCUGGUCUGCACAACAGCCUUGUGAAGCUGAAGCAUGGGGGAGGAGUCUCCAUGGAUGGCCAGGACAUCCAGAUGCCUCUCCUGCAAGGUGACCUCCGCAUCCAGCACACCGUGAUGGCUUCUGUGCGCCUCAGCUAUGGCGAGGACCUGCAGAUGGACUGGGAUGGCCGUGGGAGGCUGCUGGUGAUGCUGUCCCCGGUCUACGAGGGGAAGACGUGCGGCCUGUGCGGGAAUUACAACGGCGACAGGGGUGACGACUUCCUCACGCCCGCGGGCCUGGUGGAGCCCCUCGUGGAGGACUUCGGGAACGCCUGGAAGCUGCACGCGGACUGUGAGGACCUGCAGAAGCCGCACAGCCAUCCCUGCAGCCUCAACCCGCGCCUGACCAGGUUUGCGGAACAGGCGUGCGCUCUGCUGACGUCCCCCAAGUUCGAAGCCUGCCACCGCGCCGUGAGCCCUGUGCCCUACGUGCAGAACUGCCGCUAUGACGUCUGCUCCUGCUCCGACGGCAAAGACUGUCUCUGCAGCGCCGUGGCCAGCUACGCCGCAGCCUGUGCCCGGAGGGGCGUGCACGUUGGGUGGCGGGAGCCCAGCUUCUGUGCACUGAGCUGCCCACAGGGCCAGGUGUACCUGCAGUGUGGGACCCCCUGCAACAUGACCUGCCGCUCCCUUUCGUACCCGGAUGAGGACUGCAAUGAGGUCUGCCUGGAAGGCUGCUUCUGCCCCGCAGGGCUGUACCUGGACGAGAGGGGAGACUGUGUGCCCAAGGCCCAGUGCCCCUGUUACUAUGAUGGCGAGAUCUUCCAGCCCGAAGACAUCUUCUCAGACCAUCACACCAUGUGCUACUGUGAGGAUGGCUUCAUGCACUGUACCACGAGUGGAGCCCCAGGAAGCCUGCUGCCCGACACUUUCCUCAGCAGCCCCCUGUCUCAUCGCAGCAAAAGGAGCCUGUCUUGUCGGCCCCCCAUGGUCAAGCUGGUGUGCCCUGCUGACAACCCAAGGGCUGAAGGGCUCGAGUGUGCCAAGACCUGCCAGAACUAUGACCUGCAGUGCAUGAGCACGGGCUGUGUGUCCGGCUGCCUCUGUCCCCCAGGCAUGGUCCGGCAUGAAAACAGAUGUGUGGCCCUGGAAAGGUGUCCCUGCUUCCAUCAAGGCAGAGAAUACGCCCCAGGAGAAAUGGUGAAAAUUGACUGCAACAUUUGUGUCUGUCGGGACCGGAAGUGGAACUGCACGGAUCAUGUAUGUGAUGCCACGUGCUCCGCCAUUGGCAUGGCACACUACCUCACCUUCGACGGGCUCAAAUAUCUGUUCCCUGGAGAGUGCCAGUACGUUCUGGUGCAGGAUUACUGUGGCGGUAACCCUGGGACCUUCCGGAUCCUGGUGGCAAAUGAGGGGUGCAGCUACCCCUCAGUGAAAUGCAAGAAGCGGGUCACCAUCCUGGUGGAAGAAGGCGAGAUUGAACUGUUCGAUGGGGAGGUGAAUGUGAAGAAGGCUAUGAAGGAUGAGACUCACUUUGAGGUGGUGGAGUCUGGUCAGUACCUCAUUCUGCUCCUGGGCAAGUCACUGUCUGUGAUCUGGGACCACCGCCUGAGCAUCUCUGUGGCUCUGAAGCAGACAUACCAGGAGAAAGUGUGUGGCCUAUGUGGAAACUUUGAUGGUAUCCAGAACAAUGACUUCACCACCAGCAGCCUCCAAGUGGAAGAAGAUGCCGUGGACUUUGGGAAUUCCUGGAAAGUGAGCCCACGGUGUGCCGACACCAGGAAGGUACCACUGGACUUGUCCCCUGCCACCUGUCACAACAACAUCAUGAAGCAGACGAUGGUGGAUUCCUCCUGCAGGAUCCUCACCAGUGAUAUUUUCCAGGACUGCAACAGGCUGGUGGACCCUGACCCAUUCCUGGACAUUUGCAUCUACGACACUUGCUCCUGUGAGUCCAUUGGGGACUGUGCCUGCUUCUGUGACACUGUUGCUGCCUACGCCCACGUGUGUGCCCAGCAUGGCAAGGUGGUGGCCUGGAGGACAGCCACAUUGUGUCCCCAGAGCUGCGAGGAGAGGAAUCUCCGUGAGAACGGGUAUGAGUGUGAGUGGCGCUAUAACAGCUGUGCCCCGGCCUGUCCCAUCACAUGCCAGCAUCCUGAGCCACUGGCGUGCCCUGUGGAGUGUGUGGAAGGCUGCCACGCACACUGCCCUCCUGGGAAAAUCCUCGAUGAGCUUUUGCAGACCUGCAUCGACCCCGAAGACUGUCCUGUGUGUGAGGUGGCUGGUCGUCGCUUGGCCUCGGGAAAGAAAAUCACCUUGAACCCCAGUGACCCUGAGCACUGCCAGAUUUGUCAUUGUGAUGGUGUCAACCUCACCUGUGAGGCCUGCAGGGAGCCUGGAGGCCUAGUGGUGCCCCCCACGGAAGGCCCGGUCCAAACCACCACCCCAUAUGUGGAGGCCACCCCGGAGCCGCCCCUCCACAACUUCUACUGCAGCAGGCUUCUGGACCUGGUUUUCCUGCUAGAUGGCUCCUCCAAGCUGUCUGAGGCCGAGUUCGAAGUGCUGAAGGGCUUUGUGGUGGGCAUGAUGGAGCGUCUGCACAUCUCCCAGAAGCGGAUCCGUGUGGCCGUGGUAGAGUACCACGAUGGCUCCCACUCCUACAUCCAGCUCAAGGACCGGAAGCGACCCUCGGAGCUGCGGCGCAUAGCCAGCCAGGUGAAGUAUGCGGGCAGCGAGGUGGCCUCCACCAGCGAGGUCUUGAAGUACACGCUGUUCCAGAUCUUUAGCAAGAUUGAUCGCCCUGAAGCAUCUCGCAUUGCCCUGCUCCUGAUGGCCAGCCAGGAGCCCCCGAGGCUGGCCCGAAAUUUAGUUCGCUACGUGCAGGGCCUGAAGAAGAAGAAAGUCACUGUGAUCCCUGUGGGCAUCGGGCCCCACGCCAGCCUCAGGCAGAUCCAGAACAUUGAGAAGCAGGCCCCCGAGAACAAGGCCUUUGUGCUCAGUGGUGUGGAUGAGCUGGAGCAGCGAAGGGAUGAGAUUAUCAACUACCUCUGUGACCUUGCCCCUGAAGCACCUGCCCCUCCCCAGCAUCCCCCUGCGGCACCAGUCACUAUGGGUCCAGAGCUCUUGGGGGUUUCAUCCCCAGGACCCAGAAGGAACUCCAUGGUUCUGGACGUGGCGUUUGUCCUGGAAGGGUCUGACAAAAUUGGUGAGGCCAACUUCAACAGGAGCAGGGAGUUCAUGGAGGAGGUGAUUCGGCGCAUGGACGUGGGCCAGGGUGGCAUCCACGUCACAGUGCUGCAGUACUCGUACAUGGUGACCGUGGAACACACCUUCAGGGAGGCCCAGUCCAAGGGUGAGGUCCUGCAGCAGGUGCGGGAGAUCCGAUACCGGGGCGGUAACAGAACCAACACUGGACUGGCCUUGCAGUACCUGUCCGAACACAGCUUCUCAGCCAGCCAGGGGGACCGGGAGCAGGCACCUAACCUGGUCUACAUGGUCACCGGAAACCCUGCCUCUGACGAGAUUAAGCGGAUGCCUGAAGAUAUCCAGGUGGUACCCAUUGGAGUGGGCCCUCAUGCCAACGUGCAGGAGCUGAAGGAGCUCAGCUGGCCCAAUACCCCCAUACUCAUCAAGGACUUUGAUGUGCUCCCCCGAGAGGCUCCUGAUCUCGUGCUGCAGAGGUGCUGCUCUGGAGAGGGGCAGAUCCCCAUGCUCCCUCCCGCCCCAGACUGCAGCCAGCCCCUGGAUGUGGUCCUCCUCCUGGACGGCUCCUCCAGCUUGCCAGCUUCUUCUUUUGAUGAAAUGAAGAGUUUCGCCAAGGCUUUCAUUUCAAAAGCCAAUAUAGGGCCUCAGCUCACUAAGGUGUCGGUGCUGCAGUAUGGAAACAUCACCACCGUUGAUGUGCCGUGGAAUGUGGCCUAUGAGAAAGUCCAUUUGCUGAGCCUCGUGGACCUCAUGCAGCAGGAGGGAGGCCCCAACAAAAUUGGGGAAGCUUUGAGUUUUGCUGUGCGAUAUGUCACCUCAGAAGUCCAUGGUGCCAGGCCUGAAGCCACGAAGGUGGUGGUCAUUCUGGUCAUGGGUGUCUCCGUGGAUUUGGUGGACGCUGCAGCCAAUGCCGCCAGAUCCAAUCGAGUGACAGUGAUCCCCGUUGGAAUUGGGGAUGGAUAUGACGAGGCCCAGUUGAGAAUCUUGGCAGGUCCAAAGGCCAGCUCCAACGUAGUGAAGCUCCAGCGAAUUGAAGACCUCCCCACCAUGGCCACCCUAGGAAAUUCCUUCUUCCAUAAGCUGUGCUCUGGGUUUGUUGGAGUUUGCGUGGAUGAGGAAGGGAAUGAGAAGAGCCCUGGGGACACCUGGAACUUGCCAGACCAGUGCCACACAGUGACUUGCCUGCCAGAUGGCCAGACCUUGCUGAAGAGUCAUCGAGUCAACUGUGACCGGGGCCCAAAGCCAUCAUGCCCCAACAGCCAGUCCCCUCUAAGGGUGGAGGAGACUUGUGGCUGCCGCUGGACCUGCCCAUGUGUGUGCAUGGGCAGCUCUACACGGCACAUUGUGACCUUUGAUGGGCAGAAUUUCAAGCUGACUGGCAGCUGUUCGUAUGUCCUCUUUCAAAACAAGGAGCAGGACCUGGAGGUGAUUCUGCACAACAGUGCUUGCAGCCCUGAGACGAGGCAGGCCUGCACGAAGUCUAUUGAGGUGAAGCAUGAGGGCCUGUCACUUGAGCUCCACAGUGACAUGCAGCUGACAGUGAAUGGAAGACUGGUCUCUGUCCCAUACGUGGCCGGGGACAUAGAAGUCAAUGUCUAUGGCACCAUCAUGUAUGAGAUGAGAUUCAACCAUCUUGGCCACAUCUUCACAUUCACUCCACAAAACAAUGAAUUCCAGCUGCAGCUCAGCCCCAAGACCUUUGCUUCCAAGAUGUAUGGUCUCUGUGGUAUCUGCGAUGAGAAUGGGGCCAAUGACUUCAUGCUGAAGGAUGGCACGGUCACUACGGACUGGAAGGUGCUCAUCCAGGAAUGGACGGUGCAGCAGCCGGGGAGGACGUGCCAGCCUGUUCCCGAGGAGCAGUGUCCUGCCUCCAGUGGUUCCCACUGCCAGCUCCUCCUCUCAGCCCUGUUUGCCGAGUGCCACCAGCUCCUGGCUCCAGCCACCUUUUACGCCAUGUGCCAGCAGGACAGUUGCCACCAGGAGCAAGUCUGUGAGGCGAUUGCCCUGUACGCCCACCUCUGUCGGACCAAAGGAGUCUGUGUUGACUGGAGGAGGAGCGAUUUCUGUGCUAUGUCAUGCCCACCUUCCCUGGUGUACAGCCACUGUGAGCGAGGCUGCCCCCGGCUCUGUGAGGGCAAUGUGAGCUCCUGUGCGGGACAUCCCUCAGAAGGCUGCUUCUGCCCCCUGCAUCAAGUCCUGCUGGAGGGUAGCUGUGUCUCUGAGGAGGCCUGUACCCAGUGCGUCAGCAAGGAUGGAGUCCGGCACCAGUUCCUGGACACCUGGGUCCCGGCUCACCAACCUUGCCAGAUCUGCGUGUGCCUCAGUGGGCGGAAGAUCAACUGUACGACACAGCCCUGCCCCACUGCCAGAGCUCCCACGUGUGGCCCCUGUGAAGUGGCCCGCCUUCGCCAGAGCCCAGAGCAGUGCUGCCCGGAGUAUGAGUGUGUGUGUGACCUGUCAAGCUGUGACGUGCCCCCGGUGCCUCCCUGUGAAGGGGGCCUCCAGAUGACCCUGACCAAUCCCGGCGAGUGCAGACCCAACUUCACCUGUGCCUGCAGGAAGGACAAGUGCAGAAGGGAGUCCCCGCCCUCCUGCCCCCCGCAUCGGACGCCGACCCUUCGGAAGACUCAGUGCUGUGAUGAGUAUGAGUGUGCUUGCAGCUGCGUCAACUCCACAGUGAGCUGCCCACUGGGGUACCUGGCCUCCACAGCCACCAAUGACUGUGGCUGCACCACGACAACCUGCUUCCCUGACAAGGUGUGUGUCCACCGAGGCACCAUCUACCCUGUAGGCCAGUUCUGGGAGGAGGGCUGUGAUGUGUGCACCUGCACCGACAUGGAGGAUGCUGUGAUGGGGCUGCGCGUGGCCCAGUGCUCCCAGAAGCCCUGUGAGGACAACUGCCGGUCGGGCUUCACUUAUGUCCUCCAUGAAGGCGAGUGCUGUGGAAGGUGUCUGCCAUCUGCCUGUGAAGUGGUGAUUGGUUCACUGCGGGGGGACUUCCAGUCUCACUGGAGGAAUGUUGGCUCUCAUUGGGUCUCUCCUGACAACCCCUGCCUCAUCAAUGAAUGUGUCCGAGUGAAGGAAGAGGUCUUUGUGCAACAGAGGAACGUCUCCUGCCCCCAACUGAACAUCCCUGCCUGCCCUGUGGGCUUCCAGCUGAGUUGUAAGACCUCAGAGUGUUGCCCCACCUGUCACUGCGAACCCCUGGAGGCCUGCAUGCUCAAUGGCACCAUCAUUGGGCCCGGGAAAAGCCUGAUGAUUGAUGUGUGCACCACCUGCCACUGCACCAUCCAGGUGGGGCCCGUCUCUGGAUUCAAGCUGGAGUGCAGGAAGACCACCUGUGAGGCCUGUCCCCUGGGUUACAAGGAAGAGAAGAGCCAAGGCGAAUGCUGUGGCAGAUGCUUGCCUGUGGCUUGCACCAUUCAGCUAAGAGGGGGCCAGACCAUGACAUUGAAGCGCGAUGAGACCCUCCAGGAUGGCUGUGAUAGUCACUUCUGCAAGGUCAAUGAGAGGGGAGAAUACAUCUGGGAGAAGAGGGUCACAGGCUGCCCGCCCUUUGAUGAACACAAGUGUCUGGCCGAGGGAGGGAAAAUCUUGAAAAUUCCAGGCACCUGCUGUACCACGUGUGAAGAGACAGAUUGCAAGGAUAUCACUGCCAGGCUGCAGUACGUCAAAGUGGGAGACUGUAAGUCUGAAGAGGAAGUGGACAUUCACUACUGUGAGGGUAAAUGUGCCAGCAAAGCCUUGUACUCCAUUGACACGGAGGACGUGAGGGACCAGUGCUCCUGCUGUUCGCCCACUUGGACGGAGCCCAUGCGGGUGCCCCUGCGCUGCACCAACGGCUCCCUCAUCUACCAUGAAGUCCUCAACGCCAUGCGGUGCAAGUGCUCCCCCAGGAAGUGCAGCAAGUGAGGCCGCCGCCCCGGGUGCCUCCUGUCGCCUGCCUCACUGGACCUGACCGCUGGGCCCGAGCGCUGCUCUGUCCUCUCUGUGCUCUGCUCUCGUGCCCUCCUGAGCCCACAAUAAAGGUCAAUCUCUCACCUUG